ACACACACACACAGGCACACACACAGGAACACACACACAGGCACCCACACACCCACACAGACACACACAGGAACACACACACACACAGACACACACACACAGGAACACACCCACACAGGCACACCCCCCACACGCAGCGUUGACGUCAGUAGGUGGGUCCCAACCCAUCAGGAGUCAGCGUUGAAGGUGUCGCCCCGAAGUUUCUCACUCGGCCACGACCCACCACGGACCACCACAUCCACCACGACCCACCACCACCCCUCGCACUGGCAGUGGGAGGCAGCACGCCGAGCACAGAGUGACGGGGCAGCGGCGACGCAGGGGUGGACAACUUCUCGACCGGUUUCGCCCGCGUUGGGGCUCAUCAGUGAGCUCGGAGUCUUCCCCCCAAUGCGCUCCCUUCGUGGAAUCUGAGGCUGAAGAGCCUUCGCCUGGAGGGACUGGCCCAAGUGAAUGAUGAAAACGAUGAAAAUGUCACAUUGCGCUCUUGAGCGGCAGAUAAAUCUGUCGAGCGGCGACCGCGCUUUGAAUCAAUAAGACGACGACGACUACGACUCAAACGUCGGCAGCGGUGGUGGCGGUGUUCUUAAAGGCAAGAAGCGCUGGUUUAAGAACCCCUCGUCGGCAGAUGAUAGUUGAACCGAGCGGGUGCUCGACACAAGCCGACGGCGCCUGGUGGGUGAAGACCUCUGGGGUUUGGCAAUGGUGCACAGCAAGUAGGACAGAGACCUUCGGCCCGGGUUUAGACACUUGGUGGUGGGGUGAGUGGGGGCGUGGGGGAUUGAGGGAGAGGAGUCAGGGACGGACAGAGACGAGAUAGACAGACGAGACAACAGAGAGAGAGCUGAGACAGGUAGAGACAGAGAGAAGAGACACACGGAGACAGAGAGACAGAGAGAGACAGAGAGAGACACACGGAGACAGAGAGACAGAGAGAGAGAGGAGAGACAGAGAGAAGAGACACACGGAGACAGAGAGACAGAGAGAGAUAGACAGAUAGAGACAGAGAGAAGAGACACACGGAGACAGAGAGAGACCGAGAGAGAGAGAGAGGAGGUGGGAGACUGUGCGUUGUCUCGUGGAGAGCAGUGUGGUGCGGUUCGUUGGGAGGCACAGCGGGAGGUGGUGGAGUGAGGUAGGGAAGGAAGAGAAGGAGGUAGAGGAGGAGGAGGAAGAGGAGGAAGAGGAGGAGGAUGGAGCUGGAGUUGGGGUUCUUGUCGGAGGCCGAACGCAAGGCCAUCCUGGAGGUGCUCAAGAGGGAUGAGGAGUUGCGGCAGAUGGACGACACGAGGCUCAAGCGGCUGCAGAAGGACCUGCGGCAGCUGAAGCGCCGGGGAGUGAAGAAGUCGUCGAGGGGGCGGACGUGCGCCCGCUGCCAGCGGGGCCUGGGCCUGCUGAUGAACAGCGGCGAGCCGUGCGCCGCGUGCCGCCACGUCGUGUGCAACGACUGCCGCGUCAAGGCGGGCGGCGGCAACAAGGCCUGGAAGUGCACCGUGUGCCACAAGGAGGCGCUGUACAAGGUGGAGACCGGGGAGUGGUUUUUGGAGGAGAAGGCCAAGCGGUUCGGCGGCAAAGUGGAGCCCGCCACCGACAUCAUCCGAGUGUCCAUGAAGAGGCGGCCAGGGAGCAAGCGGGACGUGGCCCCCGAGCCCUCCAAGAAGAUCAGAGACCAGGUGGAUAGCGGAACCUCGCCGUCGAAGCUCACCAGAAUCCCAGAGGAGCCCGGAUUUCGAGACGAGGAGUUCAGCGACUCGGUGAGCAACGCGAGCGUCGACUCGCGCCCCGAGUGCUCCCGGCAGGCGUCCCGGGCGUCGCGUACCAGCGGGCGCACCGAGCCGGGCCGCCGGGCCCCGCCGGAGAGCGGCCGCCCCUCGCCGGUGCCCAGCUACGUCUCCUCGGCGCGCUCCGACGCCGGCGCCGGCGACGAGACGGCCGCCCGGACGGGGCAGCCGCGGGGGCAGCCGCGGGAAGCCGGCGGGGGGCGGACGACGCCGGCGGCGGCCGCCGGGAAGGCCGGGACGGCCGGCAACGCGCAGCGGCCUCGGUCGCGGGAUUCCGGCGCCGUGUCGCCGGCGUUCAGCAAGCGCAGCGGAGUGUCGAGCCACGGUGUCAAGUUGAGCAAGUCGGCCAAUGAUGAGGAGGAGGGGGAGGAGGGAGAGGAGGGGGAGUGGCGGGACGACGACGACCAGCGGCAGAACGAAGGGGGCGACGAGGUGGACGAAGGGGGCGAGGAGCAGAGGGGUGAGCAGGAGGAGGAGGGGGAGGAGGGGGGUGAGGAGGUGGAGGGGAGGAGGAGGGUGGACAAGAUGUUCAGCAAGUGCUCCAAGAAGUCGAUGGAGUCCGGCGGGUGGACGUCCGAGAUCGACCUCCGCUCCAACGCGGGGGGGAGGGGAGGGGCCUCCAGCAGCAGCAGCAUGGGGAGUCGCUGCGUCUCGGUGCCGGCCGUCAACAUGCGCCGGGGAGUGGACGAGGAGGACGAGGAGGAGGACAUUGACGGCAUCGUCACCUCGCAUCGCGGCAGCGCCAGCGGCACCAUGCGCUCCACCGUGAGCAUGAUGAGCCUGAUGAGCACGUACAGCGAGGUGGACUUUGGCGCCGGCGUGGAGGUGAAGGGCGACGUGCUGCUCUCGCUGCAGUACGAGUACCGCACCGGCACGCUCAACGUCAACGUGCGCAAGUGCCGCAGCCUCGCCUACGGCAACGCCAAGAAGCAGAGCUCCAACCCGUACGUCAAGGUGUACCUGCUGCCGGACAAGUCCAAGCAGAGCAAGCGCAAGACCACAACGCAGAAGAACACGGUCAACCCGGUGUACAACGAGACGCUCAAGUACACCAUCUCGCAGUCGCAGCUGUCGACGCGCACGCUGCAGCUCGCUGUGUGGCACCACGACACGUUCGGGCGGAACGCCUUCCUGGGAGAGACGGAGAUCAACAUGGACACGUGGAACCUGGACAACACGGACGAGCAGUGGCUGCCCCUGCAACGCAAGUCCCAUGCCCAGGCGGGUGGCAUUCCCCAGUACAAGGGCGAGCUCACGGUGUCUCUCAAGUACGUGCCUGCCCAUCUCGUCCCCGAGGAGAAGCCAGUCGCUGAGAGCCGCUUGAAGAGGACCCUGCGCAGGAAGCAGGCGAGCGCGCAGGCGGCGGGCGGAGAGAUCCACGUGCUGGUGAAGGAGGCGCGCAACCUGUGCCCCCUGAAGCCGGGCGGCACCGUCAACUCCUUCGUCAAGGCCUCCCUGCUGCCCGUGGACCCCAAGGGCACGCGGCAGAAGACUGCGGUGGCGAAGCAGAAGGUGAGCCCCGUGUGGGGCGAGACGCUGGUGCUGCGGGGGGUGGCGCCGCACGAGCUGGCCCAGCGGGCGCUGGAGCUCACCGUGUGGGACAAGGAGAACAUCGCCAGCAAGCACUUCCUGGGCGGCGUGCGCCUGGGCAUGGGCACCUCCGGCGAGUACGCGGGGACUCCCGUGGACUGGAUGGACUCGCAGGGGGAGGAGGUGGCCGUCUGGGAGGACAUGUGCAGCAACCACGAGGCGGGCGACCACCAGGCCUGGGCAGAGGCCUGCCUGCUGCUGCGCCCAGACAUGGCCAAGCACUGAGACCCCCCCCCACCACACACCUACAACCCCCCACCACCCCGUCCCCCCCCACCUCCCCCCCCCCACCUCCGCCCCCACCUCCACCCCCACCUCUUCCCACACCGGCGUUCACCGUCUCCGGCCGGCUCGACGUGCCACAACCGUGCCGCGUGUCUGCCAAACCGGCGGUGGCUCAGCAGCUGCUGCUGCUGCAGCUGCUGCUGCGGCUGCUGCUGGUGCUGCUGCUACUGCUGCUGCAGGUGCUGCUACAGCUGCUACAGCUGCUGCAGCUGCUGCUGCUGUGGCUGCUGGCCCACGUGGCCAGCCGAGCUAAUCGGAGGUGCCGGGGGGGGAAGGACAAGAAACUAAACACAACAAGCAGCAGUUGUAAAUAAAUGAGUUUUCCAAGAGCAGUUCUUAAAAGAAAUGAGUUUUGACUCGGCCCAUCAUCCAUCCCUCUCUACAGGGGGGGGGGCGAUAAAAUAGGGUACCACUUUGUGGAACCGCGGGCCUGGUGGCUCUGGUAGUGGUUUGGGGAGGGUGAGUGGGGGGUUGACUCGGCAGGCCCCAUCAUCCCUCCCUCCGCGGUCGAUAAAAUAGCUACCACUUUGUGGGGGGGGGGGGGUCGAUGGCAGUCGUGCGCUGUGGAUGUACUCCCCCCCCCCCCGCCAUAGGAAUGUGGAAUUUCCACCACCAGUUCUGCAGGAGCCACGUACACAGGCGAAGCGUCGUCUGACCUCUUGAUAAGGAAGCGAAACAUUUGCCGAGCAAACUUGUUUUUGCGCGGAAGUUUUUACGGCGUAUAUUUUCCCCAUUCCUUUUAUUUACAUUCUCCGUUCGAAAGAUGCUUUUUAACAAACCCCCCAAAAAACGAGGCCACCCAAAUUUAUCGUUCGGUGCCGAUGCCGGAAAUAUUUUCUCUUCGGUUUGUUUUAAAUUGUAGGGGCGAUGAAGCCGCUGCGACGAAUGAUUGUUUUUUUAAAGUUGCGCGCACGGGCGAUGCGGGCGAUGCGGGCGAUGCGGGCGAUGCGCACACACACGUAAGCCUCCUCGUGUCAAUCCACUGCUGGAUGACGGGAGGUCUCCGUCACGCCGCGUCGGCCGUGGCCGCACUUCCAGCGCGCCGGCGGCGGGGACGCGGGCGGCGUGGCAGUCAACAGAUUCGGGUCGCCUCUCGUGACGCGAGGAGCUGCCUGGGCCACGGGAGGGGAUCCCGCGUGAGAGAGAGAGAGAGGGAGAGGCACCGCACGAGGGGUUCAGGAGGCCGGAGGAGUCCGACGCUUCUCGCUCGGGGACCCUAUGGGGCGCCACGCUGGCGGGGAGAUGUUGACUGCCUCGCCUGGUAUGCGGGAGGUCGUGGGUUCGAUCCCGAGCCUGACGCCUGCUGCUGCUGUAUAUUUGGAGUUUGCGUCUCUCUCUCUUUCUCUCUCUGCCCGUGGAUUUUUUUCUCCGGGUCCUCCGGUUUUUCCCUCCACUGCGUUUGGAGUAUUUGGCUGCUUUCAAUUUCAGAUUUGAAGCUUUCGUGACUGCAAGGAUUCAUAUUCUUAGGUUUUUUCGGUAAAGUCACGUAGGUAAAAAAUUAAAAUUAAUAAAAGUAAAAUAAAAUAAAAAUCACGACGUUUCGGAGGCAACACAAGCUUCCGUCUUCAGGUGGAACCGUCACAGCACGAUAGCUGUAUCAAGUGAGAGAAAUAUAUAUACAUGGACUGUUUUCUUGGAAUUUCUCUCACUUGACACAGCUAUCGUGCUGUGACGGUUCCACCUGACGACGGAAGCUUGUGUUGCCUCCGAAACGUCGUUUUAUUUUUUUAUUUUACUUUUAUUAAUUUAAAUUUUUUACCUACGUGACUUUACCGAAAAAAACCUCAGAAUAUGCUUUCAAUUUCCACGCGACGAUUGUCGAGCCACUUGGUGGAGCUGCCAUCUGUGGCCAGUUCACUUCUGAAUGAGAGCUACAACGCUCAGUGGGAGGCCUUAACCUGUCAAAAUAAAAGAGUUCAUAGCCGUGUCGAUGAUGAAUCGAUUAAUCGAUAACGACGAACAAUCGACCCGUACGCCCGCAGCGAGCGAUGUGGAAAUCGCGCGUCUUGAACGUUGAUUCCCGGGCCGGUUAUUUCCGAUCCGCUGCCGCUGAUUCACGACGGCGAUGACCGGCGGCGAUGUGCGCCCAGUGGCGGAGCGACGACAUCGACUCGGUGUGUGUCAAGUUGGGGCACCCAACAUCGCGAUUUGUCUCGCACGGCCCGACCCAGGCGGUUCAUACACCGCGCGACCUCCUCCUGCCCCGCAUCGUCGUUACGCUCGCGGUUCUCGGCACUUGCCCCAGCAGUCUGUUGAGGCUACACCGGGGGGCAGGGGGAUCUUUGUCUUGUUUGUGUGUUGGUGCAGGGGGCGGUACAGGUGGUGGUGAGUCUGCCAUUGACCUGCGGGUCGAAUAACUCGAAGCAGCGAAGGGCAUCGCUGCCUUCAGUUAGUCGUCCUUUCCCCCGGCACCUCCGAUUAGCGCGGUCGUCAACGUACGGUGCGGAAUAUCACAAGAUGCACAGUCUCGGUUUAAAGCUUUCGUGACUGCAGGGAUUCAUCUUCUUGGUUCUUUCGGUAAAGUCACGUAGAAGGGAAGUAAUAAAAUAAUGAAAAUAAAACAUAAUUUUCGAUUUAAAUCUUUCGUGACUGCAGGGAUUCAUCUUCUUGGUUCUUUCAGUAAAGUCACGUAGAAUGGAAUUUCUUUUGUCAAGGCGCUCUUCCCCCCUCCAUCCCAGCUUAAAUAGUCGCUCCAAGCCUGGGGGUGUGUCAUUCAGACUCUGUCUACUCGACAGACCUGCUCACCACCUGAGGACGGCUGCUUGCGUUGUGCCCGAAACGUCGUGAUAAUUAUUUUAUCAUGUUUUAUUUUUAUUAUUUUAUUACUUCCCUUCUACGUGACUUUACCGAAAGAACCAAGAAGAUGAAGCACAGUGUCCCGUAGACAUCGGUUCAACAUCCGUGCGUGAUUUGUGCCCGCUGAAAACCUCCACUCUGUACAAAUGAAAGUUGUACCACUGAGUGUCUUCGACCAUCAACUUUUGCACCGUGUGGACUUUGUCCGACGUUUUAUUUAAAGCCUCUCUCGUUCGCUCUGCCCCAUCUUCUCUGGGACAUUGACGCCGCCAAACUGACCGACGGAAUGAAAAUGGUUUACGCACUCCGCCGUCGGCUUUUAAACACGACUGUUGUUUGUUAGCAUCCACGCGUUACAUAUGUGGGUUAUCGUUUAGAUGUUUAUAUAUAUAUACGUGUGUAUACUGUGUAUCUAAAUAAAGAUUAACUGACACUUA